ACGGUCUCCACGCGCAUGAGGCGGGCCGGUGGUGUCCCGGGAGCGAUGGAGCGGGACCGGGGAGAGCAGGUGCAGGAGGGAGGUGAGGAGGAGGAGGAGGAUGAUGAAUUGGACAUCUUUGGGGGCUAUGACAGCCUCACGUGCUACAACAGCAGCAUGGGCAGUGACAGCAGCUCCUGUCUGGAGGAGUCUAGUGACGAUGAGGUGGCAGACCGUGAAGCUGGAGAACUUUCGACCUCUCUGAUGCACCAGCCAUCCACAGGCCGGCUCACAGAAGACAGUGGCUCUGAGCCAGCUGUGUGUGAAAUGUGUGGGAUUGUGGGCACCAGGGAGGCUUUCUUCUCCAAGACCAAACGUUUCUGCAGUGUCUCUUGCUCCAGAAGCUACUCCUCGAAUUCUAAAAAGGCCAGCAUCCUGGCCAGACUGCAGGGGAAACCACCAACAAAGAAAGCUAAAGUUCUGCACAAGGCAUCCUGGUCAGCCAAGAUUGGGGCCUUCCUCCAUUCGCAGGGCACAGGACAGCUGGCAGAUGGGACACUGACAGCACUCGUCCUGGGCUUUGACUGGGGAAAGUACUUGCAGGAACACAGCUACAAGGCAGCUCCUGUCAGUUGCUUCAAACACGUGCCGCUCUUCGAUCAGUGGGAUGAUGUGGUGAAAGGUAUGAAGGUGGAAGUGCUGAACAGCGAUGCUGUGCUCCCCAGCCGUGUGUACUGGAUUGCAUCCGUCAUCCAGAUUGUAGGAUACAGGGCCCUUCUGCGAUACGAGGGCUUUGAGAGCGAUGCUGGUCAUGACUUCUGGUGCAAUUUGGGCACAGUGGAUAUUCACCCCAUUGGCUGGUGUGCUGUCAACAGCAAAAUCCUGGUACCACCACAAACUAUCCAUGCCAAGUACACUGACUGGAGAAAUUACCUCAUGAAAAAACUGGUAGGAGCUAGGACCAUCCCAGUGGAUUUCCACAUGAAGAUGGCGGAGAGCAUGAAGUACCCGUUCCGGCAGGGCAUGCGGGUUGAGGUGGUGGAUAAGAACCAUGUGUCCCAGACACGCAUGGCAGUGGUGGACACAGUGAUUGGAGGCAGACUGAGACUCCUCUAUGAGGACGGUGACAGUGAUGAUGACUUCUGGUGCCACAUGUGGAGUCCCCUCAUCCAUCCUGUGGGCUGGUCGCGGAGAGUGGGCCAUGACAUAAAGAAGGCAGAAGAAAAACGUAAUGACAUGGCAAACCAUCCCACCUUCCGGAAGAUUUACUGUGAUGCUGUCCCCUAUCUGUUUAAGAAGGUACGAGCUGUCUAUUCUGAAGGUGGAUGGUUUGAGCGAGGCAUGAAACUAGAAGCCAUUGAUCCCCUGAAUCUGGGCAACAUCUGUGUGGCCACUGUUUGCAAGGUUCUCUUGGAUGGGUAUCUCAUGAUCAGCAUUGAUGGAGCAACGUCUGAUGAUGGCUCUGACUGGUUCUGCUAUCAUGCCUCCUCACAUGCCAUCUUCCCUGCCAACUUCUGUAAGAGGAACAGCAUUGAACUGACCCCUCCAAAAGGGCAUGAUGCAAAGACAUUCAGCUGGGAACGUUACCUGGAAGAGACCAAAUCAAGACCUGCCCCAUCACGGCUCUUCAACACAGACUGUCCAAACCAUGGCUUCAAGGCAGGUAUGAAGGUAGAGGCAGUGGACCUGAUGGAACCCCGGCUCAUCUGUGUGGCCACAGUGAAGCGUGUAGUCCAACGUCUCCUUAGCAUCCAUUUUGAUGGCUGGGACAACGAGUAUGACCAGUGGGUGGACUGCGAGUCUCCAGACAUUUAUCCUGUGGGGUGGUGUGAGCUGACAGGCUACCAGCUUCAACCACCAGUGGUUCCAGAGCCCACAACUCCAGUGAAGGCCAAGGAGGUGCCCAAGAAGAAGAAGAAACCCUAUGGAAAGAAGAGGAAAAAGUUACCUGCCAAAACCCGCAGUGUCAAGCAGACUGUCAAGAAGACUUCUGCCACGAAUUCAAAACGAGAAGCAAAAGCUGCCAGCCAGGCUUUGCCAGAGCCAGCACCUGACGAGAUCAUUGCUGUGCGGGUAAAAGAAGAAACCAUUGACCCUUCAGAUGCAGAAUUUGGAAAGACAGAGCUUCCUGUUCCCAUCAGCAGCUUAAAGCAGGAGGACACAGACUGAUCUGGAGCAUUUCCCAGCUGCCUGCAGCAGCUUCACCUUGCGGCUCUUUAGGGAAAAUCAUGGUAAAGGAAAACAGGACCAAAAGGGCCUUCCUUUUUUAAAGGAGACAACCCUGCAGCAUCAUUAACUCUGCUUUCCUGAUGUGCAAGAAAAUUUCCCCCAGACUUAAGCCCUGGGAAACAGCAGAAAGACUGCAGGCUUGCUGAGGAUCUUGACCAGGAUGGCUGCUGUGGCUGUGCAUGCCUGAUUUUGAAGGCACCCUUUGGAGCAGGCGCUCAAAACAGGGAGAGGCUGCCAGAGAACAAAAGGCCAGUUUGGGUUCUUGGUUGUGGCUGAAGGUGACAAGCCGCUAUCCAGCAUGAUGAGUGCAGGACAUAUCAGGAAAGGAGCUGCCCCUGUGGGACUUUGGUGCUGUGCUCUCUGGUCUAACUGCUGUGAACCCCAAGAAAGUCAGGACAGGAAGAGUGGAAAGAGGUGAAGUAACCAAAAGAAAUGAUGAUGCCUACUGAAGAAGUGAGAACUUUUUCAUAGAAUCGUAGAAUGGUUUGGGUUGGAAGAGGACCUUAAAGAUCUCAAGAUCCUCAUUUAGUUUCAAUACCCCUGCUGUGGGCAGGGACACCUUCCACUAGACCAAGUUGCCCAGAGCCCCAUCCAACCUUGAAUACUUCCAUGGAUGAGGCAUCCACAACUUCCCUUGGCAACCUGUUCCAGUGCCUCACCACCCUCAGAGUAAAGAAUUUUUCCUAAUACAUAAUCUAAAACCACUGUGUUUCACUGUCUUUCAGUUUGAACCUCUUCCUCCUUGUGCUGUCACUAUAUGCUCUUGUAAAUGGUAUUGUUCCUGUAUGUUCCCUUCAGGUGUCAGGAGACUGGAGUUAGGUUACCUUGAAGCCUUCUCUUUUCUAGACUGAAUAAUCCCAAUUCUGUCAACAUUUCCUCAUAGGAGAGGAAUUGCUCCAUCCCUUUAAUCAUUUUGCUGGCCUCUGGUCUUUCUCCAACAGGUCUGUGUCUUUUUUUUGCAGAGGACCGCAGAGCUGGGGAUGCAGCACUGCAAGUGGGGUCUCACCAGAGCAGUGGGGAAGAAUCCCCUGCCUCUCCCUGCUGGCCAUGAUGCUUUCAAUGCUUUCACUUGUCUCUUGAGGCUUGAUUGGCUUUCUGGGGUGUGAGUGCACAUGGUUAGGUCAUGUGCAGCCUCUCAUCCACCUCUAUUCCCAAGCCCUCGGCAGGACUGCUAUUGAUUCCUUCAUCCCCCAGCUUGUGUUGAUGCUGGGGGUUGCCCCAACCCAGGUGCAGCACUUUGCAUUUGGUCUUGUUAAACCUCCUGAGAUUCCUAUGUGGCCACUUUUGAGUAUGUUCAAAUCCCUGUGGCUGGCAUCCCAUCCUUCAGGUGAGUCAAGAGCACCGCUCAGCUUGGUGUUUUCUGCAAACUUGCUGAGGGUGCACUUGAUCCCUUCAUCUGCGUCAUUAAUGAAGACAUUAAAUAACACUGGUCCCAGUAGAGCCUCCUGAGGGACACCACUGGUCACUGAUACCCACUGGGACUCUGAGCUGUUGACCACUACCCUUUGAAGGCAACCAUCCAACCAGUUCUUAAUCCACCAAACAGUCCCCCCAUGGAAUCCAUCACUCCAGUUUGGAGGGAAUAGUUGUGGGGGACUGUGUCAAAAACUGUGUAGAAGUCCACCUGGCUCAAGAAGCUAUCCUCCAUGCAUUGCAGGAGUCUCCUGGAUUGCCUGCAGCUUGCCUUGGUGCUUUCCAGUAGAUGUCAAGGCGGCUGAAGUCCCCCAACAGGACUGGAAUGUGUGAGCACAAUGCCUCCUGUUACUGGGGCAAGAAGGCUUUGUCAAUAGGCUCCUCUUGGUCAGGCAGUUGUAGCAGACCUCACCCGCGAGGUUCCUUUUGUUGCCUCAGUGUCUGAUUUUCACCCACAGUCUUUCAACCUGCUCCAGGCUGUUCCUCUUCACACUAAAUACAUCUCUUGAUGUAGAGACCAACACCUCCACCUCUCCCUCUUUUCUGUCUCUUCUGAACAAUUCAUAGCAAUUGAUCGUCACACUCCAGUCACACAGUUUAUCCCACCAAGUUUCAGUAAUGGCAACAAGGUCGUAACUUCAGCAUGGUGUCUUCCAGCCCUUCCUUUGGUUUGUUGUCCAUGCUUGCAUACUUUGGUGUAAAGGCACUAUCAUGGGUCGGCAGAGUUUUGUUUUCUGGUUAUAGAGAAGUGUGAGAUGUCUUUCCCUGUCAGGACCAUGGAGUAGUUUUGGGGGGGAGGACAGGGACCUAUCAGAAAGCUAGCCAAGAUAUUGGCAGCUAAUUUGACCAAUAAGGAUGUCAAUGCGACUUUGGAAAGGACAUUUAAAACCUAUCUGCAGCAGAUCGGUCUCUCACUUCGGAAUGAGCCAUGAGGUAACAUUGUAGGUGGGGAGGCCUGGGUCGGGCCCUGCUGCUCCUCUGGGUGGCCGGGCCGGGCCUCUGGAAGCUGCUGCCCUCUUGGGAGCGGCCUGGGUUGAGCCCUUUUACGGCUCUGUGGUAGAUCCGAGCUGAACUGCCCUGGGUGAGACCGAGGGGUGGAAAAAAGGACAUCUACCAGCUUCCUCCACCAGCACAGCUUUGCGUUUUCUUCAGCUCCUGCAGCCCAGGGCUUGCACACGGCCAUUGCAGGCCCGGGCGGAUUUAACCCUUUCCUAGCAACAUGGAGCUUUUAAAGCACAACUCUUCCUUGAGAGAAAGGAAACAGAGGGUAUGUAGAACAGACACUGCAUGAAAUCAGUGGAUUAGAAGUGAAAGAACUAAUAAGAUUGAAAUAAGAUUGAAGAAGUGGACAUUUUUAACCAGACUUUUCUAAGGUAAAUGAUGGAGAAAUGGACUGUUCUUUGUAGCAUCUUAGUGUUGUUGGAGAGAAUGCUAAUUCUGAUCAAAAUUAAGGACUGAUGUGAUUGAGAUUUAAUUGAGAACUUUAAAGACCCCACACCUGUGUUAAAAGGAGGUCUCAACCUUUGAGACAAAGAUGAUUUUAGACUAGAAGAAGAAGUCGUAAAUAGUACCCCAGAUACACUGAAAAGCUUUGCUGAUAGAACAUCACAGUCUGCAAAAACUCUGGGCGGCAGCAGAUGUGUGCCAUUGGGAGCACUGGACUAUUUUGUCUUGUGGCAAACGUCUUCAUGAAAAACCUCAGAGAGACUCUUCUCCUAAAGUGAUGAGUGAUUAUGUCUAAAUAGUGAAACUGACUGAAAAUCACAAGUUCUGUCUUUCUAUGUUGUUUAAUAAGAAAGUUAAUAGUUUGUUAGGGGAGAGAAGAGUGUUUUAAAGUGUCAUUCUGUUUUAGUUUAAGUUUUCUUUUUAUCAACUUUUUUUUCAUUCUUUCAGUAUGUGUUAAUAAAACUAUUUUUGUUCAUUUUUAA